AGGCGGCCGCCUCAGCAGCCCCGGCCAUAAGCGUCAACCACCGGCAACAGGCGUCUCAUCCGCCCCUCCAGCGAUUCCCCUGCUCCGCAAACCGGCUCGGCCACGAGCAUGGAAGCCGUCGCACCUGCCGGGAGGAAACCUAGGUGGACCACCAGGAGGGGCUGCGAUGUUUUACGCGACCCAGCCCUCAACAAGGGCCUGGCUUUUACUCUGGAAGAGAGACAGCAGCUUAAUAUUCAUGGAUUACUACCUCCCUGUUUUUUCAAUCAAGACAUGCAAGUUUUAAUCGAACUGAAAAAAUUUGAAAGACAAGCAACUGACCUGGAUAGGUAUAUUUUGCUAAUGGGUCUUCAGGAUCAAAAUGAAACACUCUUUUAUAAAGUGCUGACUUCUGACAUUGAAAGAUUUAUGCCUAUUGUUUAUACUCCCACUGUGGGUCUGGCAUGCCAACAGUAUGGUAUAGCAUUUCAGAGACCAAGAGGACUCUUCAUCACUUUCCAUGAUCGAGGACAUAUAGAAACGUUGUUUAAAGCAUGGCCUGAAACUAAUAUAAAGGCGAUUGUGGUGACUGACGGAGAACGUAUUCUUGGCCUUGGAGACCUAGGUUGUUAUGGAAUGGGCAUCCCGGUGGGUAAACUAGCACUUUACACAGUGUGUGGAGGAGUAAAGCCCCAGGAGUGUCUGCCCAUUAUGCUCGAUGUGGGAACUGACAAUGAGGAGUUGAUAAAUGAUCCUUUGUACAUAGGUCUGAAACACAAACGAAUCCGAGGCCAGGCUUAUGACGAUCUUCUGGAUGAGUUUAUGGAAGCUGCAGUUUCCCGGUAUGGCAGAAACUGCCUCAUUCAAUUUGAGGAUUUUGCCAACCAAAAUGCAUUCCGUCUUCUGAAUAAAUAUCGCAACUUAUACUGCACUUUCAAUGAUGACAUACAAGGAACAGCAUCUGUAGCUGUUGCUGGUCUCCUUGCUGCACUCCAGAUUACUCAAAAUAAACUAUCUGAUCAUACAAUACUCUUUCAGGGAGCUGGAGAGGCAGCAAUGGGCAUAGCCAAUCUUAUUAUUAUGGGCAUGGAAAAGGAAGGGACACCUAAAAAAGACGCCAUAAAAAAGAUCUGGAUGGUUGAUUCAAAAGGAUUAAUUGUAAAGGGUCGUGUUUCAUUAACACCUGAGAAAGAAGUGUUUGCUCACCAGCAUGAGGAGAUGAAAAAUUUAGAAGAUGUUGUUAACAAAAUAAAACCAAGUGUUCUUAUAGGAGUUGCUGCAAUUGCUGGUGCAUUUACAACAAAUAUUAUCAAGAAUAUGGCUUCUUUCAACAAACGCCCAAUAAUUUUUGCACUCAGUAACCCAACUAGCAAAGCAGAAUGCUCUGCUGAAGAUUGCUACUACCUAACCGAGGGACGAGGCAUUUUUGCAAGUGGAAGCCCUUUUAAUCCAGUCACUCUUCGAGACGGACGCAUGUUUUAUCCUGGACAGGGGAACAAUGCCUACGUAUUUCCUGGAAUUGCCCUAGGCGUUGUUUCAUGUGGAAUGAGAAACAUAAGUGAUGAUAUUUUUCUCCUUACUGCAGAGGUUAUAUGCCAACAGGUAUCAAAGAAGCAUUUAGAUGAGGGCCGUUUAUAUCCACCUUUAGUUGCAAUUCGAGACGUCUCUCUUAAAAUUGCUGUGAAAAUUGCAGAGCAAGCCUACAAAAACAAGACAGCAACUUUCUACCCUGAACCAGAAGACAAGGAAGCAUUCAUCCGCUCCCAGAUGUACAACACUGACUAUGAAAGCUUUCUGACAGACUCUUAUAUUUGGCCCGAAAAAGCGAUGAAAAUACAGACAAGAAAAGUUUAAUCAAAGAACGCAACACCUUUAGCAAUGGAGCUAAAAAGAAACGGGUUGAUUUCCAUCUUUUGUUAACUCAGAACUUUUAGCAGCAGUGUAUUUUAAAUCUGUGGGUUUGGGGUUACAAAUGUUAAUGUUUUUCGCUUUAAGCUACAAUCUAAACAUGUAAGCAAAUGAAAAUAAUUUGGAUAUAAUAAUUUCCUUGUUCUUUGGAAGAGCAUUUCCUAGAUUCCUGCUAGGCAACACUUACUGCAGAAGGAUCGUUCAGUAAAAGGUAGUCUUAUUUAAGUAUCUGUAUAAAAUGGUGGUUCUGUUAACUGGUUUUGCCAUUAAAUUCAGAUGAAAUAAUAUUAAUAUAAAACAUGUAUCAGUAGAAUUACUUCAAGCAUAAUUGGGGAUGUUUAAUUUAACAAGGCUACUUUAAUUUCUCCCUUCAUUUGCCAACUUGUCGGUUAGCGUACCUUUGUGGAAGAUUUUCACACAGGUUUAAUGAUGUUCUCUCAAUUCAAAAAGACUAAUCUAUGCUUGCUUGAUCUAUGGCUGUAGUUUGUAGAUCAGUGAGAAGUGUCAUUUGGUGAACCUUUUCUGCCACUGAUAACUUUUGCAUUGCGAUUCUCCCUCUCCCAAAUUUUCAAUGGAAUUCGAAAGUUUAAAAAACUUGACCAUGAAACAAUCCUAUUGGCCGUUUUACAGUUUGCUGCUGAAUGGUGAUGAUGCCAUUUAAGGCUUUAUAUUAACAGACAUUCUCUUCCCAUCCUAGUACAUUUUAAGGAAAUUCCUAGCAAUUCUUUCCUGCCUUAGCUCUGCUCAGUGUGAAGGAUUUAGAUUCAAGUUCCUGGUGUCGAUCUCCCUUUUAAAAACUCUUUAUCAGGCUACUCGUCUCAGAAGGCAUGUUUUAAUGUUUCUAUGAGUCACAGCUGAAGCAGAAUUAAAUGGAAAAUGUUAAAAAAAAGGGGGGAGAUGGGAAUACCAGAGAUUUUGGAAUUGAAGACCCUGUGAGUCUCAAACUCACUGCUGGAGAUUUUGUUCUGUUGUAGUGACCCAAUACUACUUGCAAACCCCAGCAGGUACA